CUUGGCAACGAAGCCAAUGCGGCGUCUGCUCGGGAACUAGCAAGCAAAAAGCCUGCGGAAAGGGCGAUGCGCCGUCAGGGCAGGAAGAAAGUGUCUUAGUUUGAGCUACAAAUACAGUAUACUUAUUAUUUAGUAUGGUUUAGCUAACGUUGUUUAAUACGGAUUAAUUGUGCAAUUUUAUACCAUACUUCUGUAUUGACUAUAGCCGGGAAACCAAGAAAGAUGGAGGGUUUUAAGAGCAGUGCUCUUGGCCGGGUAACGGUAUACUCUAUCCAGGGAUGUCCACAUUGUGUACAGGCUAAAGCUACCCUCAGGUCCUUGGGAGUACCAGUAUUUGAAGUGGAUGUUGGCCUUCAUUCAGAGCUAAGAGUGAAACUGAAGGAGCUUACAGGACGCAGCACUGUACCUCAAAUCUUCUUUAAUAGCGUCCAUGUUGGGGGUAACGACGAUCUCCAAAAACUGGCUACUGAGGAGCUUCAAAGACUGGUGACUCUGGUUAAAGAAGAGCCUCUUUCAGCAAAUGCUCCACCGUUAACAGAAAAUAAUCCAUUUGAGGCUUCAGAUGAGGAGAUUGAUGGACAACUCAGAGGUGAGAGAGAUGACUUUGCAGACUUGGUAGAGGACCUAAAGCAUGCCGGUGUGAUUGGCAACCAGAGGAGGGGACUGACCUUAUACAAAAACAGCUUCUCAGGCAUUCAGCUGGUUGAGUGGCUGCAAACAAAAAAGGGUAUGGACAGGGCUGAGGCCUGUAAUAUGGGCCAGGCACUGCUGCAGAAGAAGUUCAUGGUCAGUGUGGGAGGCAGUGGACAGGAGGAUGGGUGUUUUGGAGAAGGAAAAGAAACCAUGGACACACUAUACAGGCUGCUGGAAGAUGACCUUCAUUCACCUUUGAAUGGAGGACAGACAGCCACCUAUACUCCGAAACAGGCUGCUGAGCUUUCGUUGCUUUUACGAGAGUUGAUUCUGAAGUUGUUCUCGGAGCAUCUCUCUGCUGAUGGCAAGUCUGUGGAUUAUAAAGGGAUGUCUGUGGACCCAGCAUUUGAACGCUACUGUGAGCUAGCCAUUCAGCUCCAGAGGGUGGAGUUGCUCUCACUGAGCCGCGAGGAGAAGCUGGCCUUCUUCAUCAACAUCUAUAAUGCCUUAGUCAUCCAUGGGUACCUGCGCCUGGGGGCCCCAACCAACAUGUGGCAGAGAUACAAAUUUUUCAACUAUGUUAGCUACCUUAUUGGAGGUGAAGUCUUCACUUUACAAGACAUUGAAAAUGGCGUCCUUCGAGGGAACAGAAAGGGAAUUGCACAGCUCCGAAAGCCCUUCUCCAAAACGGAUCCUCGACUGCAGGUAGCGCUUCCAGAUGCUGAGCCCCUGAUUCACUUUGCUUUGAACUGUGGUGCAAAGGGCUGUCCCCCUAUUAAAACCUACACACCUCAGGAUAUAGACAACCAGCUCCUCACCGCGGCUGAAGCCUUUCUGGAGAACGAUGAUGCCUGUAUGGUUGAUUCUGGCAAAAACGAAGUGCGUCUUAGUCAGAUAUUUAAGUGGUAUAAGACUGACUUUGGAGGCACAGAUGAAAAGCUGCUGAAGUGGGUGCUGGAUCAUAUGGGUGACUCUCCAAAGAAGACCAGCCUUCAGGAUGUCCUUUCUGCUGGGAAAACUAAAGUCAGCUUCCUCCCUUAUGACUGGAGCUCCAACAGCGCCCUCUGAGCAUCCCCACUCUGUGGUUUUACAGCUUCUCAUUUUGUCUACUCAGCUAUGUGUGCUUGAAUCCAUCGGGGAUGGAAGUUUGCACCAAAAUAAGAUGCUAACAUUUUAGCUGUAAGGACACAUUUGCACUGUACAUCUGAUGCAUAUUUACAUAGUACCCCUGUUCUUACUUGAGAGUUUUACCAAUAGUUCUCACCCUUGAUUAUAGAUGUCAUAUAAUUUUAUGCAGCAUGUUAGAAUGUGUGGGCUUCAACCCUUUGUACUCCAGCAGGGUCAUUAUUAGCUUAAAUAGCACGAUACACAUUUUAUUUUUACUAACUUACUUAUAGAACAAGUGUUAUCUGUCUGCAUUAGCAAUUCAGGAGUAAAAUAUUA